GUGGCCAACCGAGGAUCGAAAAGGAUGUUACGAUUUGUCGAUAGCACAUCUAAAACACAUGAGAUGGAGUUCACUCUAUUCCAUUGUUCCAGCCAUUUUUGCUGUUAUUGGGAUCAUAGCGACUCUCUUUGUUAUUGUUGUCUAUAUUAU